CACUACACGUUGGUCGUUGGAAAGAAUGGGUAACAGAUGGAGCCGCAGGCAGGAGCAAGCAUCAGGUUCUUAUGGUGCUUUUGGUCCUAUUGCCACAGGAGCCACAGUUGCAGCAACCCUUUACACAACCUGGAGGCUUUAUCAAACCUAUACAGAGAAAAAAGACCAAGAUAACAAUGAUAUCCCAAGACAAUCUCCCAAAAAGCAAAACAUUUCAUUCAGUAGUUCUGAUGACUCUGGGAUUGAGAAUACUGAAGAUGCUGCAAAAAGUGGCCAAGAUCAGUCACCUGGGGAUCUUUUGAGGUUAUAUUACAAAGAACAUGUAAGAAAGACAGAUUCAGAUAUGGAGAAAGCCAAAGUGGUGGUCAAAGAGGUAACUGACAUGUUUUACAGUUGUCUCAAGUUGCAGAAAGCUACAAGCCACGUACACUCAAUGAUACCCUUUGGAAGUGCCUAUGAAGAAGCAAAUGUCACAGAUGAUUUUGAUAUUCUCNACAGGAGACCUGGUCAGAAUUGA